GGGGCGGAGCCGGGGUGAGGCCUCACCGCCCCGGCCGCGGCCGCCGGGGCGCCUUCUCCUCCGGCGGGUGGGGGCCGAGGUGCUCCCGGCCUGAGUUUCCCGGCACGGUCGGUCCCACGCCACUCCCUGAGGCGCAGGCUCCCGCAGCUGCGGCUGAGGAGACGCCCCGAGGGCCCCUGCCGCCUCCGGGCCCGGCAGCCGGCUGCCGCCUCCCUCGGCUCGCGGGGCCGGAAUGGAGCUCUUCCAAGCCAAGGACCACUACAUCCUGCAGCAGGGCGAGCGCGCGCUGUGGUGCAGCCGCCGCGACGGCGGCCUCCAGCUCCGACCCGCUACUGAUCUACUUCUUGCCUGGAAUCCUAUUUGUUUGGGGUUGGUAGAAGGUGUUAUUGGGAAAAUUCAACUUCAUUCAGCUCUGUUCUCUCCUCUUCCUUCCCCUCCCCUCUUCCUCUUCCUCUUCCUCUUCCUCCUCUCCUCUUCUCUCCUCCCCUCUCCUUUGCUUUUUGAGACAGGGACCCACUGUGUUGUCCAGGCUGGCCUUGAACUCCUCAUGUGGCCCAGGCUGGCCUCAAACUCACAGCGAUCUUCCUACCUCAUCCUCCCAAAUGGUGGGAUUAUAGAUCUUCCAUGGUGGCUUAUUCUAAUUCGGCAGAAAGCUUUGGUGGGCAAACUCCCAGGAGACCAUGAAGUCUGUAAAGUUACCAAAAUUGCUGUGCUAUCGCUUUCUGAAAUGGAACCUCAAGAUCUUGAGCUAGAGCUCUGUAAGAAGCAUCAUUUUGGGAUUAACAAACCAGAGAAGAUAAUACCAUCUCCUGAUGAUUCCAAGUUUCUACUGAAGACAUUUACGAAUAUUAAGUCCAAUGUGUCUGCUCCAAAUAAAAAAAAAGUAAAGGAAAGCAAAGAAAAGGAGAAAUUGGAGAGAAGAUUACUUGAGGAAUUGCUGAAGAUGUUUAUGGACUCAGAAUCCUUUUACUAUAGCUUGACCUAUGACCUGACCAAUUCGGUGCAAAGACAGAGCAUUGGGGAGAGGGAUGGCCGGCCCCUCUGGCAGAAGGUUGAUGAUCGAUUUUUUUGGAAUAAAUAUAUGAUACAAGAUCUUACUGAGAUUGGUACACCAGAUGUGGAUUUUUGGAUUAUUCCCCUUAUCCAAGGUUUUGUGCAGAUUGAAGAGCUUGUGGUAAAUUAUAAUGAAUCAUCUGAUGAUGAGAAAAGCAGCCCAGAGACCCCCCCCCAGGAGUCCACCUGCGUAGAUGACAUUCACCCACGAUUUCUAGUGGCUCUUAUUUCACGCCGGAGUAGGCACAGAGCAGGAAUGCGCUAUAAACGAAGAGGAGUGGAUAAAAAUGGAAAUGUUGCAAAUUAUGUAGAGACUGAGCAGUUAAUUCAUGUUCAUAAUCAUACACUGUCCUUUAUUCAAACACGAGGCUCUGUGCCUGUCUUUUGGAGCCAAGUUGGGUAUCGAUAUAACCCAAGACCUCGACUGGACAAAAGUGAAAAGGAAACUGUUGCCUAUUUCUGUGCCCAUUUCGAAGAACAACUGAAAAUUUACAAAAAACAGAUUAUUAUUAACUUGGUAAACCAGACAGGAAGAGAGAAAAUUAUUGGUGAUGCUUACCUGAAACAAGUGCUGCUUUUUAAUAACUCUCACCUCACUUAUGUUUCCUUUGACUUCCAUGAACACUGCCGAGGAAGAAAGUUUGAGAAUGUUCAAACCCUAACUGAUGCCAUCUAUGACAUUAUUCUUGACAUGAAGUGGUGUUGGGUUGAUCAAGCUGGGGUGAUAUGUAAACAGGAAGGAAUUUUUCGAGUUAAUUGCAUGGACUGCCUGGAUCGUACAAAUGUAGUCCAAGCUGCCAUUGCACGAGUGGUCAUGGAACAGCAGCUGAAAAAAUUAGGUGUGAUGCCCCCAGAGCAGCCACUGCCUGUGAAAUGUAAUCGGAUCUAUCAGAUAAUGUGGGCAAACAAUGGUGACUCCAUUAGUAGACAAUAUGCUGGUACAGCCGCUCUGAAGGGUGACUUUACAAGGACAGGAGAAAGGAAAUUAGCAGGAGUUAUGAAAGAUGGCGUGAACUCAGCAAAUAGGUAUUACCUCAAUCAGUUUAAGGAUGCUUAUAGGCAAGCUGUUAUAGAUUUGAUGCAAGGCAUUCCAGUGACAGAAGAUCUUUAUUCCAUAUUUACCAAGGAGAAAGAGCAUGAAGCUUUGCAUAAGGAAAGCCAGAGAAGCCACCAGGAACUGAUUAGUCAGCUUCUGCAAAGCUACAUGAAGUUACUACUGCCUGAUGAUGAAAAGUUCCAUGGGGGUUGGGCUCUUAUUGAUUGUGAUCCCAGCCUCAUUGAUGCUACUCACAGAGACGUGGAUGUACUGUUACUGCUUUCUAACUCUGCCUACUACGUGGCCUAUUAUGAUGAUGAAGUGGAUAAAGUGAAUCAAUAUCAACGACUAAGUCUAGAAAAUCUGGAAAAAAUAGAAAUAGGUCCUGAACCCACUCUUUUUGGUAAGCCAAAGUUUUCCUGCAUGCGAUUGCACUACAGAUAUAAAGAAGCAAGUGGUUAUUUCCACACGUUGAGAGCUGUACCACGUAAUCCAGAAGAAGAUGGAAAAGACACCCUUCAGUGCAUUGCAGAGAUGUUGCAGAUCACUAAGCAAGCUAUGGGCCUGGAUGUGCCCAUAAUCGAGAGAAAACUUGAGAGGAAGAGCAGUAAACCUCAUGAAGAAAUCAUUGGCAUCAGAUCUCAGAACCAAGGCUCUUUGGCCCAGGGGAAGAAUUUUUUAAUGAGCAAAUUUUCCUCUCUAAAUCAAAAAGUGAAACAGACCAAAUCCAGUGUAAAUAUUGGCAACCUAAGAAAGUUAGGAAACUUUACAAAGCCUGAAAUGAAAGUUAAUUUUCUCAAGCCAAACUUAAAAGUCAGCGUUUGGAAAUCAGAUAGUAGUCUUGAGACUAUAGAAAACGCAGGAGUGAUGGAUGGUAAGGUCCAGAGAGAGUCUGACGAGGACGUGUCUUCAGAUGACUCCUACCACUCCGAUGAAUUCCUUACCAAUUCCAGGUCGGAUGAAGACAAGCAGCUAACUAAUAUAUUAGAGAGUGUAGGGCCAAUCGAUUAUGUCCUUCCUAGUUGUGGUAUUAUUGCUUCAGCACCUCGAUUAGGCAGUCGAUCUCAGUCUAUUAGCAGCACUGAUAUCAGCAUUCAUGCUCCUUCAGAGGUUACUGUUGCUUGUGGAAGUGGGCUUGGAAGAGGCCAGCAGUCUUCUGGGAACAGGAGUCCAUCUGCUGACAACGUACACACAGGCUUUACUAAGUCUAUGGAUGUUUACUGCCACAGAUUUGUCCAAGAUGCACAGAACAAAAUGACUCAACUGUCAGAGACCAGUUCUGUGUCUCAGCAAGCUAGUGAGGAAGAAAAUCGAAUGACCAAUCAAGUUUCUAAUGAGGAAACUCAGUCAGAAUCAACAGAACAGACACCUUCUCGGCCUUCUCAUUUAGAUGUGUCUUCUGGGACAGGACCUCAGUUUUUGACAGUUGAACCAGUUCACUCAGUUUCAUCUCACAAGACCCCCAGCUUUGGUCUCGGCAUGGAUCUUGAGACGGGGCUUCGUGUAACUCCUUCCCCUUCUGAGAGCAGUAGCAGCAGAGUAGUCUCUCCCUUUGCAAAGAUUCGCAGCUCCAUGGUCCAGGUUGCUAGUAUUACCCAAGCUGGGUUAACCCAUGGGAUAAACCUGGCAGUAGCAAAAGUUCAGAAGAGUCCUGCAGAACCCGAAGUAGUUAAUGAAGUCCAACAAAAUGAACUUAAAAAUAUGUUUACACAGUGCCAGACACGAAUAAUCCAGAUUUAGUCAGAGUCUUGUGGGUUUUAUUUGAAAAUUCUAAAUUUUCACGUAUUAGGCUAUUUUAACUUUUACUGUUUGAAUCUAGGGAUUACCAGUUCUGGUUUUCAAAGGAGUCUGAACUAGAACACAUUUCCAGAUUUGAGAGCCAAGACUAUCUAGGAAGUGUCAUCCUAGAUUUGUGUAGACCUGAAUAGCAUAUGCACUACAGAACUAUAGAGCAAUCUGUUCAUUUGACAGUAAUUCAGGACCAGGUCAUUUUGAUACAGAACCUGAAGUAGUUUUUUUAGGGGGUGGGGUGGGGUGGAGUUAAGAAUAGGAAGAAGACAUGAGGGGCCCAUUUGAAAGUAACAUUUUGGUCAGUUCAUUCCUAUGUAUUCUACAAAGUAAACCAUUUAGUUUUUAGUGAAUUUAGUAUGGAGAAGCAUAUGAAUACUUAAAAAAAUUUUGUUGGCUAACCAUUCCCUGUGAAGAAUUGAGGAUUAUUGAUUCUACAGUUAAAAAAUCAUUUGAUCCAAAUGCUCCCCAUGUUCUACAUGAACAGAUUAUUCUGUCGAUGGUCUUCAAAACUGAGGCACACUGACUUGCCCGUCAUAAAGUAAACCCAGUACAUCAAAUGUAUCUGCUCUCUUUUUAAGAAUGUAUUGGCUAUGGGGUUGGAGAUUUAGCUCAGUGGCAUAAGCGCCUGCCUUGCAAGCAGGCAGUCGUAAGUUUGAUCCCCAGUACUGAUAAAAAGGAAAAAGACAAAAAGAAAAAAAAAGAAUGUAUUGGCUACUAGAAUUUCUGGAAGUCUUCAAGUUUUAAUUUUUCCAAGAGGAUAUUCCUCAGCAUCUUGUGCAUACUGUCCAACUACUGAAAAUUCAGUUUGAAACACUGACUGUUGCCUAAAAACAGGUUUUAUGAUGAUAAUCCUAACCAGAGUGCCGAGGCCUCCUGUAGGACCCACACAGGAAGAAAGCUGCACAGCACAGUCCAGCGAGUGUUGGCUUCUCUGGUAUUUUUAGAGCCUUACUCUGUUGAAGUGAUUCUCAGCUGAACAUGAUGUAUGUUAACUUUGAUAAGCAUUCCAUUUUGGUUAUUUAUUAGUGGUGUUUUUUUGAAGUGUCAAAUCUUGUGACUAUUAAAGUACUAGUAAUUUCAA